AUGUUCCGUUUCUUCAUCAGAAGCAUUCAUGAUCUCCGCACUUUCAGGCUCUUCCCCCUCUUCCAAAUCAACUUCUUCGUUACUUUCUCAACACUCUUUUUUUUCUUUUUCAUUAUUUAUUUAUUUUUCUACAUUUCUUUUUCUUUUUCUUUCUUUCUUUCUUUCUUUCUUUCUUUCUUUCUUUCUUUCUUUCUUUCACAGAAUCAUUUUCUUUCUUUAAUUCUCUCUUUCAUCCUAUAUAUCUUUAUCCCCCUUUCUUUCUUUCUUUCUUUCUUUCUUUCUUUCUUUCUUUCUUUCAUUCUUCUGUCCCAACUAUCCAAAGAAUUUCUUCUUCUUUUGAUAUCGAAUUUCAAUCUCAUUGUUUUUCUUCCUUUUCUUCUUCCUCUACUUGUACAGAGGAAUUCUUCUACGUCUUCUACUUAUACAGUUGAUUUCUUCUUCUUCUUCUUCUUCUUCUUCUUCUUCUUCUUCUUCUUCUUCUUGUACAGAGGAUUACUUCUUCUUUUCUUCUUCUUCCUCUUUUCUUCUUCUUCUACUUGUUCUUUUCUUCUUCUUGACAGAGUUCUUUUUCUUUUUUCUUCUUCUUCUUCUUCUUCUAAAUUGAAUUUCAUUCUCAUUCUUUUCUUCUUCGUCCUCUUGAGGAUAUCUUUUUCUUCUGAAGUUGAAUUUCAUUCUAAUCUCUCUUAUACAGAUGAUUUCUUCUUUUUUUUUUUGAAGUUGAAUUCUAUUUCUUUUUCUUCUUCUCCUUCUACGGUUGAUUUCUUCUUCUUCUUGAAUUUCAUUCACAUUCUUGUCCUUCUUCUUUACUACGGUGGAUUUCUUCUUCAUCUUUUAAUUAGAUUUUAUUUUCCUCCUUAUUUUGUAAUUGAAUUUAAUUCUUCUUCUUCGUCUUCUUCUUCUUCUUCUUCUUCUUUCAUGGUGGAUUUCUUCUUCUUCCUCAUAUUUGACAGUUGA